UCUGUGUAAGAAACAUAUGUGGAUCAAAUGUUACGAAUUACACGUAUAGCCACUAUAAAAUAACAAGAAUAAAAUAUAUCCAAGUAUGUGAUAGAUAAAAAAUAUAUUUAAUUUACAAAAUAAUUAAUUAAUGUGUAUGUAUUGUUCGAAGAUUUAUAACAUUAAUCGAUACUAAGUGACAAAAAAAGAUGGAUAUUGCAAAAUCUUUUUUCAACGUACGCAAUCAUGAAGGUUAUGUUGGAAAAGAAGAUCAUAAUAAAAAGUUAGAAAUAAGCUUGUCAGAAGAUGAAUUGGAAGCAGGAGAGAAGAAUUCAAGAGAACAUUUGUCACCUGUACCUGGUGAACCAUUUUCUGCUUUAACAUCAUCUAUGUGGCCGCAAGAUAUUUUAGCUAAAUUGAAUCAACCGGAUGAUCCUAAUUCACAACCCGAGUAUAGAUUUGAUGAAUUUGGUUUUCGUGUAGAAGAAGAAGACGGGCCAGAACAAAGUUCAAAAAAAAUUCUUGGCGUACCUUUUGUUGAGGAUCCUCAACAUAGAUUACAAUGGGUUGCUCUUUUAGAAUUCAGUAAUAAUAAAGAGGAUUCUGAUUUUUCAUGGCAAAAUGUUAAUCAUAGAUUAUCCCGUACUGAUAAAUUACGUGACAUGGUUCGCCGUGGUAUACCUCAUUCUCUUCGCCCUCAAAUUUGGAUGAAAAUGUCUGGUGCAUUACACAAAAAGCAUACCUCAGAAAUGAUGUAUAAAGAUAUAGUAAGAGCAUCUAGUAGUGACGUACUUGUGACUAAUAAACAAAUAGAAAAAGAUCUUCUUCGUAUUAUGCCUGCAAAUGCAUGUUUUAGUCAUCUUCAUAGUACAGGAAUACCACGUUUACGAAGAGUUAUGCGUACCCUUGCUUGGUUAUAUCCAGAUAUUGGGUAUUGUCAAGGUACUGGUAUAAUAGCUGCCUCACUAUUAUUAUUAUUAGAAGAAGAGGAUGCAUUUUGGAUGAUGGCAACUAUAGUUGAAGAUUUGUUACCUGCUUCAUAUUAUUCAGCAACAUUAUUAGGAGUUCAAGCGGAUCAAAGAGUCCUACGCACAUUAGUAUCUAAUUAUUUACCAGAUAUCGAUCAUGUAUUAGAACAACAUGAUAUAGAAUUAAGUUUAAUAUCUUUGCACUGGUUUCUCACAUUAUUUGCAUCGGUUGUACAUAUGAAGAUUCUAUUACGAGUAUGGGAUUUAUUUCUUUUUGAUGGUUCUAUUGUCUUAUUUCAAAUUACUCUUGGAAUGUUAAAGAUGAAAGAAGUAGAAUUGAAACAACUUGAAAACUCUGCACAAAUAUUUAAUGCUCUUUCGGAUAUACCUGGAGAUAUUGAUGACGUAGAUCAAUUAUUUCGUAUAUCAUUAGAAGUAAGUGGAUCAUUAACUGACGUUUUAAUCGAAACUCAUAGGCGACGCCAUUUAGCAUAUUUAAUGGCUGAUCAAGGUGCAUUAGUUGGCAAUCCAGAUUCAAUGCCAAAUUUACCAAAACAUCAUUUAAAUAGGCGUCAGAUAAAAAGAAGCAAAUCAAUGUUACAAACAUUUUUGUUUGGAAAUGAUAAUGAAGAAGAUGACGCAAAAUCAAAAAAUAUUCAUCAAACUGAAAUUCUGGUUGAUUUGAGAGAAUCUAUAUUACAAGUUGCAAGACACUUUAUAAAUGUUGAUCCCAAAUUAAAUAAUGUUAUGCUUAUAGCUGAUUACAGAAUGGAAAGUCAUGCAGAAGAUCAUGAUAGUUAUAUAAAUGUUUCACGUACUAGAAAAAGAAGAGCUAAAGCAUUAUUAGAUUUUGAAAGGCAUGAUGAUGAUGAACUUGGAUUUCGUAAAAAUGAUAUAAUUACUAUUAUUAGCCAAAAAGAUGAACACUGUUGGGUAGGAGAACUCAAUGGACUUAGGGGCUGGUUUCCUGCUAAGUUUGUUGAAUUAUUGGAUGAACGAAGCAAACAAUAUACAUGCGCAGGUGAUGAUGCAGUCAGUAAAGCUGUUACAGAUUUAGUAAGAGGUUCCUUAUGUCCUUCAAUAAAAGCAGUAUUAGAACAUGGAAUGCGAAAACCAUCGUUCUUAGGAGGUCCAUGCCAUCCAUGGCUUUUCAUAGAAGAAGCUUCUAGUAGAGAGAUAGAAAAGGAUUUUAAUUCUGUGUACAGUCGGUUGGUACUUUGUAAAACAUAUAGGCUGGAUGAAGAUGGUAAAGUUUUAACACCUGAAGAAUUAUUAUAUCGAUGUGUACAGUCCGUAAACUUGUCACAUGACAAUGCACAUGCACAAAUGGAUGUUAAAUUACGUUCAUUAAUUUGUCUUGGAUUAAAUGAACAAGUCUUACAUCUAUGGCUUGAAGUUUUGUGUUCUUGUGUAGAGGUAGUACAAAAAUGGUAUUUUCCAUGGAGUUUCAUAAAUAGCCCUGGAUGGGUACAAAUAAAAUGUGAAUUAAGAAUACUUAGUCAAUUUGCAUUUAAUUUAAAUCCCGAUUGGGAAUUACCAGUAAAAAAGGAACAAUCUCAACCUUUAAAAGAUGGCGUUCGAGAUAUGCUAGUCAAACAUCAUUUAUUUAGUUGGGAUCUUUAGUGUAUAAUUUUUAAAUUAAUGUUAAUAUAUCUGAAUUUUAUUAAAGAUAUAAUAAGAAAUUACGUUAUAAGCUGGAAGAAAGAUUUCCAUU